AUGUUGCUAAAGCGCAACAGCGCUCAACCUACCCCAACACCCAAGAAUACCACACACCUCCCCUGUCUCACCCACAACAAAAAAUCAAAGAAACACAUCUGUCAAGUCCCCAAACCCCUCCGCGUCAGUUUCCUCCUCCAUAGCUUCAACGACCCUAAUAUCCCUAUCAUCAUCCUCCGCCCGCCAACUCCCAUGUGGGAAAUGUACAAUGUCGAAGAACGCCUGUUUGAGCGCUCAGGCGACAAGUUCAUACUAAAGAAAAGCAAAGCGCGCGCGCAUUUUAAGCAAGAGGGGAAAAAGAUGCUGCCGGUGCCGGUGCCGAAACUUGAAGACUUGCUGAUGGGCGGAGAUGAGGGCGAAGAUGAGGAAGUGGAAGUGAGGAGUGAGGGGUUGGGUGCGGAAUGCGAGGCAGAUUAUCGCGCGUAUAUGGUUGGGAUGGGUUUGGCUGGGUAG